GACAAAUACAGGCUGCUGAGGAGAUUCAAAAAGGAGGCACCGGAGGAUCCGGGCGCUGUUUUGAAUGGGCAAAGGACUCAGCCCCAGCGAUCGUCGAGUUUGAGUUGCCGAGGUGCUAGGUGUGUGUCUGUGUAGCCACACAGAUCUUCAGCUCUCCUGCUCACUCGCACACCGUCCUGCAACAUGGCGGCGGCUUCAGUGAAGGUGGCGGUGAGGGUCCGACCCUUCAACUCCAGAGAGACGGGGAAGGACAGCAAGUGCAUCAUUCAGAUGACAGGAAACACCACAACGAUCUUGAACCCCAAACAGCCCAAAGAGAACAAGAGUUUCAACUUUGACUAUUCUUACUGGUCACACACCACGCCCGAGGACACCAGCUUUGCCUCCCAGAAGCAGGUGUACAAGGACAUCGGGGUGGAGAUGCUGCGUCAUGCCUUUGAAGGCUACAACGUGUGCAUAUUUGCAUACGGCCAGACAGGAGCGGGCAAAAGCUACACCAUGAUGGGUCGACAGGAGCAGGACGAGCAGGGCAUUAUCCCUCUGCUGUGUGAAGACCUUUUCACAAAGAUCAAUGGCAGCAAUAACGACAACAACAUGUCUUACUCAGUGGAGGUGAGUUACAUGGAGAUCUACUGUGAGCGCGUGCGCGACCUGCUGAAUCCCAAGAACAAAGGAAACCUGCGUGUCCGAGAGCACCCUCUGAUGGGACCCUACGUUGAAGACCUGUCCAAACUAGCCGUCACCUCAUUCAACGACAUCCAGGACCUGAUGGAGUCUGGAAACAAGGCCAGGACUGUGGCUGCUACCAACAUGAACGAAACCAGCAGCCGCUCCCACGCCGUCUUCAACAUCAUCUUCACACAGAAGAAACACGACAUGGAUUCGGAGAACACCUCCGAAAAGGUUAGUAAGAUCAGCCUGGUGGACUUGGCUGGCAGCGAGAGAGCCGACUCCACCGGAGCGAAAGGAACCAGACUUAAGGAAGGAGCAAACAUCAACAAAUCCCUGACUACACUGGGAAAAGUUAUUUCUGCUCUGGCUGAUCAGGACUCAGUACCAAACAAGAACAAGAAAAAGAAGAAGGUGGAGUGUUUCAUUCCCUACAGAGACUCAGUUCUGACUUGGCUACUGAGGGAGAACUUGGGAGGAAACUCUCGUACAGCCAUGGUGGCUGCCCUCAGCCCUGCAGACAUUAACUAUGAUGAGACUCUCAGUACCCUUCGGUACGCUGAUCGAGCCAAACAGAUCCGCUGUAAUGCUGUGAUCAACGAGGACCCCAACAACCGCCUGGUGCGUGAGCUGAAGGAGGAGGUGGCUCGCCUCAGAGACCUGCUGUUGUCUCAGGGCCUAGGAGACAUCAUAGAGAACCUGUGCGAUUACAAGAACUUUGAGAAUAAUCGCCAGGCUGUCAAUCAAAGGGGUGAUCUCUCCGCAGUGUCCAAUGUCAUGACAGGAAUGAGUCCCUCCCCCUCGCUCUCGGUCCUGUCCAGUCGCGUCGGGUCCAUCGCCAACCUCCAUGACCGCAUCUUCAGCCCGGCCAGUGAAGAGGCCAUCGAGAGGCUCAAGGAAACCGAGAAAAUCAUUGCAGAGCUCAAUGAGACUUGGGAAGAGAAGCUGCGACGUACCGAGGCCAUCCGUAUGGAAAGAGAGGCCCUGCUGGCUGAAAUGGGUGUUGCCAUGAGAGAAGAUGGAGGCACUGUGGGCGUCUUCUCCCCGAAAAAGACGCCUCAUCUGGUGAAUCUGAACGAAGACCCGCUGAUGUCAGAGUGUCUGCUGUAUUAUAUCAAAGACGGCACCACCAAGGUUGGCAGUGAAAAUGCAAAGUCUCGCCAAGACAUUGUUCUCAGUGGCCAUUUCAUCAGAGAUGAACACUGCACCUUCAGCAGCACCACGGGUCCUGAGGGAGAAGGAUGUGUCAUCCUGGAGCCAUGUGAAGGCUCAGAGACGUAUGUCAACGGGAAGCGAGUUAGCUCUCCCAUUGUGUUGCGAUCCGGGCACCGCAUCAUCAUGGGAAAGAGCCACGUGUUUCGCUUCACGGACCCGGAGCAGGCUCGCCUGGAGCGAGAGAAGACGCCGUGCGCAGAGACGCCGGUUGAGCCCGUCGACUGGGCCUUCGCUCAGAGGGAGCUGCUGGAGAAACAGGGCAUCGACAUGAAGCAGGAGAUGGAGCAGAGGCUUCAGGAGCUCGAAGAUCAGUACCGCAAGGAAAGAGAAGAAGCCAGUAACCUGCUAGAACAACAGAGACUGGACUAUGAGAGUAAACUGGAGGCUCUUCAGAAACAAGUGGACUCCCGGUACCUGGACUCUCCUGAGGAAGAAGAGGAACCUGAAGAGGAAGUGCCAUGGACGCCACGUGAGACUGAGUUGGCUCUGUGGGCUUUCAGGAAGUGGCGUUUCUAUCAGUUCACCUCUCUCAGAGAUCUGCUUUGGGGCAACGCCAUCUUCCUUAAAGAGGCCAAUGCCAUUAGUGUGGAGCUCAAGAAAAAGGUUCAGUUCCAGUUCGUCUUGUUGACAGACACUCUAUACUCUCCCCUGCCCCCCGACCUGCUGCCCCCGAGCAUAGCCAAAGAGAGGGAGAGACGACCUUUCCCUCAAACCAUUGUCGCUGUUGAAGUACAAGACCAGAAGAACGGAGCCACGCAUUACUGGACUCUGGAGAAACUCAGGCAGAGGCUGGACCUGAUGAGGGAAAUGUACGACCGCGCUGCAGAGCUCCCCAGCAGUGCUGUGGAGGACUGUGACCAAGCUUUGACCGGAGGCGACCCCUUCUACGACCGCUUCCCCUGGUUCCGUCUUGUUGGCAGGGCAUUUGUGUACCUGAGUAACCUGCUGUACCCGGUGCCCCUGGUGCAUCGCGUGGCCAUCGUCAGUGAGAAAGGGGAGGUGAAAGGCUUCCUCAGAGUGGCUGUGCAGGCCAUCUCAGCUGACGAGGAGGCCCCUGAUUAUGGCUCUGGUGUGAGGCAGUCAGGCACUGCCAAGAUCUCCUUUGAAGACAAGCAGUUUGAGAAGUUCCAGACUGAGUCGUGUCCUGGCGGUCUCUCCCCAUCCAACACCUUCCACGAGGAGCUGCGAAUCGUGGAGGGCGAAGGACAGAGCUCAGAGAUAGGAAUCUCUGCCGAUGAAGUCAACAACAACAAUUGUCCAGUGAAGAAUUCAGGUCUGGGUCUGGAUCUUCAUUUGGACCUCUCCCCGGAGAAAGCUCUGUCCCACCUGAAGAUCGGCAGCACCUUCACCUUUAGAGUCACCGUCUUACAGGCCUCCAGCAUCUCAGCCGAGUAUGCCGACAUCUUCUGCCAGUUCAACUUCAUCCACCGCCAUGACGAAGCUUUCUCCACUGAGCCGCUGAAGAACACGGGCAGAGGACCUCCACUGGGCUUCUACCACGUUCAAAAUAUCACAGUGGAGGUGACAAAGUCCUUCGUGGAGUACAUCAAAACUCAGCCCAUAGUCUUCGAGGUGUUCGGUCACUAUCAGAAACAGCCUUUCCCUCCGCUCUGCAAAGACCUGAUCAGUCCGCUGCGACCUUCCAGGAGGCAGUUCCCCAGAGUGAUGCCCUUAUCCAAACCAGUGCCGGCCACAAAGCUCAGCACUCUGACUCGCUCCACCGCCGGACCUUGUCACGCCAAAUACGACCUCAUGGUCUUCUUUGAGAUCUGUGAGCUGGAAGCUAACGGAGACUACAUCCCAGCUGUUGUCGACCACAGAGGCGGGAUGCCCUGUCACGGCACGUUCCUCCUACAUCAGGGCAUCCAGAGGAGGAUCACGGUUACCAUCGCUCAUGAAACAGGAAAUGAUAUUGACUGGAAAGAGGUGAAGGAGCUGGUCAUUGGCCGUAUCCGAAACACACCGGAGGCUGACGAGACCAUCAUAGACCCCAACAUCCUUUCCCUCAACAUCCUGUCUUCUGGAUACUUCUGGCCAAAACACAACGACAACGUCUCCUUGGGAGUUGAUCAUAGAACUUUCUACCGAUUUGAGGCAGCAUGGGACAGCUCCAUGCACAACUCUCUGCUUCUGAACAGAGUCACUCCCUAUGGGGAGAAGAUCUACAUCACCCUCUCUGCUUAUGUAGAGAUGGAGAACUGCACUCAGCCAACAGUGAUCACCAAAGAUUUCUGCAUGGUGUUUUAUUCCCGUGACGCGAAGCUGCCGGCCUCUCGCUCCAUCAGAAACCUCUUCAGCACCGGUUGCCUCCGACCCUCUGAGAGUAACCGUGUCACUGGAGUCUACGAAGUCAUUCUUUGCCAUGUGGCGGACAAUGGAAGUCCAGGCAUGCAGCGGCGUCGCAGGCGUGUGCUGGACACCUCGGUGGCGUACGUCCGAGGAGAGGAGAACCUGGCUGGAUGGAGGCCUCGCAGCGACAGCCUCAUCCUGGACCACCAGUGGGAGCUGGAGAAACUCAGUUUACUGCAGGAGGUGGAGAAGACCAGGCACUACCUGCUGCUGAGGGAGAAGCUGGAGGCGACUCUGCUGGCAGGACAGGAUGCGCUCUACAAGAGCAGCGACAUCAGCGAUUUUGCAAAGAGUCCCGUCCUCAGCCACAGUGCCGGCAGCAGCCCUGCCCUCGACUGCCCCAACCAGAGGCAGAGGGAGCUGGCUGCCAAGUGUCUGCGUCUGCUAAUGCACACCUUCAACAGGGAGUACAGCCAGGUGAGCAGCAGUGCCAGUGAGAGCAAGCUUUCGGAGAUGUCUGCGUCGCUAAUGAGCGACUGCUCCUCGUCUGGACUGAGCGCGCUCACUCCGUCCUCCACCUGCCCCUCACUGGUCGAGGGGAAUUAUGACAUUAGACACACUGAACCCAGUUCAGGAGCGUCCACACCAGACCUGGACCCCUACAGCCCCGUGGACCGAAAGAAAGCUCUGAGAGGGUGCACCUUUGUUCCUGACAUACAGGAGAUCCGUGUCAGCCCCAUUGUGUCAAAGAAGGGUUACCUGCACUUCCUGGAGCCCCACACCAGCGGCUGGGUGAAGCGCUACGUGGUGGUGCGUCGGCCCUACGUCUACCUGUACCGCAGCGAGAGGGACAGCGUGGAGAGAGCUGUCAUCAACCUGUCGUCUGCGAAGGUGGAAUACAGUGAGGACAAACAGACCUUACUGCGGACGCCCAACACGUUUGCUGUGUGCACUGAGCAUCGUGGGAUACUGCUGCAGGCCACCAAUGACAAAGAGAUGCACGACUGGCUGUACGCUUUUAACCCUCUGCUAGCCGGCACCAUCAGGUCAAAGCUCUCCCGGAGAAAGUCGGUCCAGUCGGUCCAGUCGGUCCCGUCUGCGAUGAGGAUGUGAGAGGUGAACCGUCCUGGUGGAAGACAACAAACAAACAAACAAACAAAACAAUCUAAAGGCUCAACUCAGCAUCCUGCUCUAAUGAACAUAGACCAUAUAAACAAACUUAUACAUAAACCACUUAAAUAACCCGCUAUAUGACAACUGUCCCACUCCAAAACAUCACUUGAUCGCUCAUCCCCAAAUCCAACCAAACGGUCUUUUACCUGUUUUUUAAGUCGCCACCUUAAAACCCUGCAUGGUGUGCUCCCUCCUGACCUUUAGAAGAAACA